AUGAUGGUGAAGGCCUCAACCUUUGCGCUAGCUGCGGGGCUUAUUUCUGUGUCCUUCGUAUCGGCCCUCUCUGCAGACAACAUUCCAGCCGAUAUACCCGUUUCCGCCCUUCUCGACUCUGCACAGACUCACCUCUCUAGGGGUGAGACUAGCGACGCAUUGCUGUUUUACGAUGCUGCUAUAGCUCGUGACCCGUCCAAUUACCUUUCUCUCUUCAAGCGUGCCACGACCUACCUUUCUCUUGGUCGAACAUCGCAAGCGACGGAGGACUUCAACAGGGUUCUGACACUCAAACCUGGAUUCGAGGGAGCCCACGUCCAGCUUGCCAAGAUCAAGUCGCGAAACGCAGAUUGGGUUGGCGCGAGGGAGCAUUAUGUGCUGGCGAACAAGGAUGCCUCCUCGGCUGAGAUGGCGGCUCUCGACCAAGCGGAGAGCGAGGCUCAUCUAGCGAAGGCUGCUGAGAAGGCCGGGGAUUACGAGGCUUGUGUUCACCAUGCUGGGGAGGCCUUGAUGAUGGCGAACCGAGCACUCUCCCUGCGUGACAUGCGGUCGCGCUGUCGAUUUGCUCGCGGCGAAAUAGAAGAGGGCCUGGGCGAUCUACAGUACGUCUUACAGCUACGACCGGGCGAUGUCGCCCCUCACCUCACUGUGUCUGCGACAACCUUUUACGGUCUGGGUAACCUGGAUGCUGGCAUGACGCAGGCCAAAAAGUGUCUGCACUCGGAUCCGGAUUCGAAGCCCUGUAAAAAACUGCUCAAGCAGCAAAAAACAAUUGACAAAAUUCUCGGCAAAGUCAGCAAAGCUUUUGAAAAGAACCAACCUAUGACAGGCGUCAAGCUGCUCAUCGAUACUGCACAAGAACCUGGAUUGAUAAACAUCAUCACGGCCCAGGAGGAGGAUUUAAGACAGAAGGGGUUUAUCCCCUCGCGAGCGCCCUCUGAUCUGUACAUGAGGGUGGUAGAGAUGGCGUGUGAAGGCUAUUACGAGAUGAAUGGAAAGAAGACCAAGCAAUACUGCGGCGAUGUUUUGACCCUCAAUCCAGAAUCUUUCUUUGGCCUUCUCCACCAAGCCCGGGACUUGAUGGAUAGGGAAGAAUUUGAGGAUGCCGUCCGGACUCUACAGAAGCUCGAUGACAGCAGACCCGACAAACGAAAUGUGGUCCAACCACUCCUACAAAAAGCGAGGUUGGCCCUCAAACGCAGCAGAACCAAGGAUUACUACAAGGUCCUCGGCGUCCCUAAUGAUGCUGAUGACCGUCAGAUCAAGUCGGCUUACCGGAAGCUGUCCAAAAUACAUCACCCUGACAAGGCCGUGAGGCAGCGCAUGACAAAGGAGGAAGCCGAAAAGAAGAUGGCGUCCAUCAACGAGGCGUACGAGGUUCUCAGUAAUCCGGAACUACGUGCUCGGUUUGACCACGGUGAUGACCCUAACGAUACAGAGCAGCGGGGGCAUCCUUUCCAACAAGGACAUCCCUUCGGUUCACCCUUCAUGUUCCAACAAGGUGGUGGAGGGGGGCAGCAGUACAAGUUCCAUUUUGGCGGAGGAGGCGGUGGUUUCGGCGGGUUUCCGUUUUAA